CACAGGGUUUGAUGAAUCAAACUCUUUGUCUGGGUGGGAUCUCCCCCAGCCAGCUGGGCAGAGAGGGCUUCCCCUGCCGGAGCAGCCGACACCAGCAGCAGCAGGCCUUGGCUGGAGAGGCGCAGGUGGGUGGCAGCGCAAAGGAAUGGACUGUGGGCCACCUGCUUCCCUCCAGCCCCACCUGGUCGGACCGCCUGGCACUGCCCGCCGCCCGGUAGCCGUGUGCCAGCAGGAGAGCCUGUCCUUCGUGGAGCUGCCCACCCUGCAGCCCCCGAGCCCCGUGUGCCUGAACCUCUUCCCCGUCACUCCCGAGGAGCUGCCGGCUCCUGGCAGCCGCUGGUCCCUGGGGACCCCCGCCCCACUCCAAGGGCUGGUAUGGCCAGCAUCCCCCAGGAGCCCGGACACCGAAAUCUCCACCGGCCGGGGGGUCCGGCCCAGCAGGGCUGGCAGCUGGCCGCACUGUCCUGGUGCCCAGCCCCCCGCUCUGGAGGGACCCUGGAGUCCCCAGCACGCACAGCCACAGCGCAGAGCCAGCCACGGCUCGGAGAAGAAAUCAGCCUGGCGCAAGAUGCGGGUGUACCAGCGGGAAGAGGCCAUCCGCGGCCCAGAGGCCCAGGCGGUCUUCCUGGAGGCCAGCCAGCCCGUGCAGGAGCAGGCCCUGAACUCAGAGGCGCCCAGGCCGCUGGAGCUGUCUGGGUCCCCCCGAGUGGGCCUCGAAGGGCCUGAGAGGAGGCGCUUCUCUGCCUCGGAGCUGAUGACGCGGCUGCACUCCUCGCUGCGCCUGGGGCGCAACUCAGCCGCCAGGGCGCUGGCCCCGGGGACGGGCGCUGGAGCAGCCCAGGAAGGGGGAGCACCAGGAAGGGAGUCCCGGAGUGCAGAGACCAAGAUGGACCGGGUGUCGCUGCCAGCCCCCGUGGACCCAAGUGAGAACCACGGCGGCUGGCGCGAGCCGAGGCUGGACUCGCAGGAAGAGCUGCGUUCGGGCUGCAGCAGCGCCAGCGAGCGGCGCCAGUCACGGUUCCUCCUCAGCUCCGUCCUCUACCAGGAAUACAGCGACGUGGCCAGCGCGCGCGAGCUGCGGCGGCAGCAGCGCGAGGAGGAGGGCCCGGGGGACGAGGCGGAGGGCGCGGAGGAGGGGCCCGGGCCGCCGCGGGCCAACCUCUCCCCGAGCAGCUCGUUCCGGGCGCAGCGCUCGGCGCGGGGCUCCACCUUCUCGCUGUGGCAGGACAUCCCCGACGUGCGCGGCAGCGGCGUCCUGUCCACGCUGAGCCUGCGCGACUGCAAACUGCAGGAGGCCAAGUUUGAGCUGAUCACGUCCGAGGCUUCGUACAUCCACAGCCUGUCGGUGGCCGUGGGCCACUUCUUGGGCUCGACCGAGCUGAACGAGUGUCUGGGGGCGCAGGACAAGCAGUGGCUGUUUUCCAAACUGCCCGAGGUCAGGAGCACCAGCGAGAGGUUCCUGCAGGACCUAGAGCAGCGGCUGGAGGCCGACGUCCUGCGCUUCAGCGUGUGCGACGUGGUGUUGCAGCACAGCCCCGCUUUCCGCCGCGUCUACCUGCCUUACGUCACCAACCAGGCCUACCAGGAGCGCACCUACCAGCGCCUGCUCCUGGAGAACCCCAAAUUCCCUGGCAUCUUGGCUCGCCUGGAGGAGUCCCCCGUGUGCCAGCGGCUGCCCCUCACCUCCUUCCUCAUCCUGCCCUUCCAGAGGAUCACCCGCCUCAAGAUGCUGGUGGAGAACAUCCUGAAACGGACGGCACAGGGCUCCGAAGACGAGCGCAUGGCCACCAAGGCCUUCAGUGCACUCAAGGAGCUGGUGCAGGAGUGCAACGCGAGUGUGCAGUCCAUGAAGCGGACGGAGGAACUCAUCCACCUGAGCAAGAAGAUCCACUUUGAGGGCAAGAUCUUCCCGCUGAUCUCUCAGGCCCGCUGGCUGGUCCGGCACGGGGAGCUGGUGGAGCUGGCACCCCUGCCCGCGGCGCCGCCUGCCAAGCUGAAGCUGUCGAGCAAGGCCGUCUACCUGCACCUCUUCAACGACUGCCUGCUGCUCUCCCGCAGGAAGGAGCUGGGGAAGUUCGCCGUGUUUGUCCACGCCAGGAUGGCUGAGCUGCAGGUGAGAGACCUGAGCCUGAAGCUGCAGAGCAUCCCGGGCCACGUGUUCCUCCUCCAGCUCCUCCACGGGCAGCACGCCAAGCACCAGUUCCUGCUGAGGGCCCGCACGGAGAGCGAGAAGCAACGGUGGAUCUCGGCUUUGUGCCCCUCCAACCCCCAAGAGGACAAGGAGGUCAUCAGCGAGGGACAAGACCGCCCGCAGGUUCAGUGUGUCAGGACCUACAAGGCGUUGCAGCCAGAUGAGCUGACCCUGGAGAAGACUGACAUCCUGGCCGUGAGGACCCGGACCAGUGACGGCUGGCUGCAGGGGGUCCGCCUGGCGGACGGCGAGAAGGGGUGGGUGCCCCAGGCCUACGUGGAGGAGAUCAGCAGUCUCAGCGCGCGCCUGCGAAACCUGCGCGAGAAUAAGCGGCUCACGAGUGCCAGCCGCAGCCUGGGCGAGCCCCCCGUGUGACGCCGCCGCCCCGGCCCCCAGGCUGCGGCGGCUCUGCCCGGCCUUCUGUUCUGUGUCCCCGGCACGGAGGGCACAGGCAGGACGUGGGAGCCGGGGCCCUCCCGAGGGUCUCCCCGUCGCCAUGAACCUCGGAGUCCACGCCUCGAGGCCCAGGGCAGUUCCUUUGGGGACCACCACAGGUGACCGCGGCCGGGUGCCAAGCACGGGGGCCGCUCCCAGCAGCCUGGCCGGGGCGCACUGUUGGUACAGACGGGCUGGGGCCCUCCAGGGUCUUCACCACGGCUCUUGAGCACCUGAGUAGGAGCCAUGCCCAUGAUUUGUCCAUCCGUGGACUCCCAUGAUGCCUUUGCUCGGAGUCCGGAGCCCCAGGCGCUGCCCUGGCCCUGGCCCCAGCCAGACCAGGAGGGUCCCCGCCCUGCCUCCCGGAGCGGUCUGUCUUUCUCCAGAAUUCACUUCCUAACCCCGGCGGGGGGCAACCGGGGGGCAACCGGGGGCCCGAGGGGCUGCGCCAGUCCCCUCGCUUUCAAGUGUCACGUUCAAAUGGCUGGAUAUUAAAGAGGUGUCAUUAGCUCUUGUGUUUGGC